AUGUAAACGCAGCUUUAGACCGCACUUUCCUUCUAAGUAGUUCGAGUGUCUUGUAGUAGUUCACAUGUAUUCUAACCUAUAAAAAAACUAAGAACCGGUGUUGAAUUGAAAAUCGACGAAAUGGCUUCUGUUGAAAAAAUAAAAGGUCAAGUUGGAGGAGAUAUAAAGGAAAAGAAGCGAAAGGAGUCGAUUCUCGACCUAUCGAAGUACCUAGAAAAAAGCAUAAGGGUUAAGUUCGCAGGUGGCAGGGAAGCAUCUGGUAUACUAAAAGGCUACGAUCCUUUAUUGAACUUGGUGUUGGAUAACACAACAGAGUAUCUAAGGGAUCCGGACGAUCCGUACAAAUUAGCGGAAGAUACAAGGGCGCUGGGCUUGGUAGUGUGCAGAGGUACAAGCGUGGUGUUGAUCUGCCCGGUAGAUGGAAUGGAAGCAAUUCAAAAUCCUUUCAUUAGUCAAGAAUAAAAUUUAAUAAGAAUGUAACAAUAUUUUUUUUUACAUUAAUAAAUAGAUCGUGCGGUAA